AUGACCCAGAUCGCUCCUCCCAAUAUUGUCCUCGCACCACGAACGCCAACACCACCUCCACCACCUCCAGUCGAUAGCCAGACUCCCUCAGUACCGCAGCAAGAUGCGUCUACGCACGGACGAAGCCAGAGUCAUGGUCUCGGCAUCGGAACCUCUCCACAUUCUUCAGCCUCACCUCGACAUUCCGCAUCUCAAUCAUCCCUGUCUGCGUCGUAUGAACGUGGACCACCAUCUCCUAUCAAGAUGCUAUCUCCUGAAAGCGCAGUUAUAGACGCCGAAGAACCUCUACCAACUGCGUCGACAGCAUAUUUCAGUCCCUCCUUGUCAGGCGAUAGUAAUGGUGGUGCCGCUCCGUUCAACUUCCAGCCAAUGUCAAUGGCAAAGAGCCCAGUCAUCAAAUCUAAUAUCUCUGCUCGACGUGGGCACAAGUACAAGCAUUCAGCCUCCCACCAUUCCAUGUCCAACUUUCAAUUCCAAGAAACACCCGCCAGACCUGCUUUAUCUCUACCAGCAUCCCUGCCCAUACCUACCUGGAACGAAUGUCGCGCCAGUAUGACUGGUGAUCAGAAAAUUCGUCUCUACUGGUCAGUCGCUCACAUGGCCGUGGCAGGUUAUGUGAUAUGGAACAAACAUUCGUCAGCAGCCAUGGAAGCUCUGUCACAUCUGAUAAUGUACGAUGGAAUUGGGGCCAUGCUCUGUGUCUUCGUCGAAGUCUGGCACAACUUUGAAGUCUGGGGCCGAUCAUCUAUCCGCCACCCAUUCGGUCUACAAAGGAUGGAAGUCAUAGCAGGCUUUGCACUCUCCGUCCUGUUGAUCUUCUUCGGCUUCGACCUGAUCUCUCACAACGCUAAGCACGCUCUAGAGGGACUGGGCAGCCACGAGCCUCACCGCUCACAUUCUCACCACGACCGCGUCGGUGCCGGCACUGUCGAUUUCACCGUCCUCCUCGCUCUAGUCUCAACACUUAUAUCAGCCGUCGGCCUCAAAAACCACGCCAGAAUUGGUAAAGCAAUGCGCUUCACAGCCAUGGAGAAAUUACCAACAGCGCUGCCUCUACACGGUAUCCUCAGCAAUCCUUCUCACUUUCUCACCCUCUCCUGCUCCACUACCAUGCUCCUCCUCCCACUCCUCGAACUCCACACCUACGAGAUGAUCGAUAAACUGCUCAGCCUAAGUAUUGCUUUCGCCAUGCUCUUUCUCGGCAUGCACCUCGGCAAGACCGUCGGCGGCAUGCUGCUGCUCUCUUAUCCUGGCCCGGGCGUGAACGAAGUCCUCAAAGACAUUGAGCAGGAUCCACUGGUUCGCAAAGUCGACACAGCCAAGUUCUGGCAGGCGCAUUAUGGCGUGGGGAUCGCGAAUCUGAAGUUACGUGUUGGUAGUGUUGCGAGCGAGGAGGGGGCACUUGUUCGGCUGAGGGAGAGGAUUGUGGGUUUGAUAAGGAAUAGGCUUAGUGGUGGGUAUGGUGGUGGGAAUGGGACGGGGCAGAAGUGGGAGGUUAGUGUAGAGUUUGAGGUGGAUGAUUCGGUGGGUAGUUAUGGACAUGCUGGGCACCAUCAUCACCAUUAUCACCAUGUAACUGCUAUACAUUGA